GAAUGCUGAUUCAGAAUCUGUAAUUCUUUUUGAAAAAUAUUGGGGGCAGAAAAAUGGCCUUAACGCCACUUGUCCUUUUAAUCGAUCGGUUCGUGUUCUAAAAACGUUCAGUAAGCUAGGCCAGGAUGAGAAAAUUUUAGAUCCGAAGGGCUUAAGUCAUUAGCACUUCGUGGGUCGUAAUAUAGGUACAUCAAAAGUGCGCUUCGGUUUGAGAAAAAACUUCUAUGAAGUAUAUAACGAUACAGCUCUUUCGAGCGACGUCAUCUUAGAAGCUGCUAUACAGUUCAGGAGGUAUAAUUCAAUUAUCAUGAAAGAAGUAUAAAGUAAGCCCUGUAGUAUUAAACGAGAGUUUCUCAUUUCUAUGGAAUUGAUUAAGGAUGCAACGACGACAAUGAUCGCUGUUGCCACCAGUCUUAAGUAAAGCGGCGUACACGGACAUAUAAAAUAACGAUUGAGACGGUGAACGCAUAAUGAAACUAGGUUAAUCUUAGCUUCAUUUCAACUUUUUUAGACGGAGGGGAUUAAUUUUCAAGAAAAUAGCUGAAAUUUAUAAAAAUCUGACUAAUCUGUGAGAACAAAACCUUUUUCUCAAACGAGAGAAUCGAACUCGAGAGUUUCAACAAAUGUUCUAUAGGUUGGGUUUCCUGCUCCCGAAAACCCUUAGUCUACUUUUAUAAAACUCAGCUAUUUUCUUGAAACCGUUGCUUGCAUGUUCAAAUCUUAUGGGUAUUUCAACAAUGAGUAUCAUAUUCAUCUCAUACUGGUACUUGUUUUUGAGUCUGAUGAACUGUCAUGUGAUUUCAGCUGACCAUCAUUCAUACAUUGUUUCAUUUCUAGACUGUCUAUAAUUUUAUAACACGAAGAAACCUAACAGAAUGGUAUUAAAGCAUACCUAUUCAUCAGCUCCUGAACAACUUUGUUCAUUAAUAAAAAAAAAACAUACAGAACAAAUGAAAUUAGGUACAGCGGCAAGCGAUGAACAAAUUUCUUCGAUGAUUUACAUUGCUAUUUUGUGCUGACUCGGAUAGGAUGGGCUUCAGUUUUGUAGGAGUGGGAGAUGUUAAUAAAACUACUUGAUAAAAAAGUAUAAAAUAUUAUGUUUGUUUUUUCAUUAUUUAAUUAGGGCGCAGUUGUUCGAGCAUUUGAUACACGUCCAACUGUAAAAGAGCAAGUGCAAUCGAUGGGUGCUGAAUUUCUUGAACUUAAUUUUAAAGGUAGUGAAAGUGGUGAAGGAACCGGUGGUUAUGCAAAAGAAAUGUCACCAGAAUUUAUCGAAGCUGAAAUGGCUUUAUUUUCUAAACAAGCUAAAGAAGUUGAUAUUAUUAUUACAACAGCUUUAAUUCCCGGCAAACCGGCUCCAAAAUUAAUUACAAAAGAAAUGAUUGAAAGUAUGAAACCAGGUUCAGUUGUUGUCGAUUUAGCAGCUGAAGCUGGUGGUAAUAUUGAAACAACACGUCCAGGAGAAAAAUAUGUUUAUAAAAAUGUUACACACAUUGGUUAUGCAGAUCUUCCAUCACGUUUAGCAGCACAAGCAUCAGGUUUAUAUGCAAAUAAUAUUUCAAAAUUUCUUUUAUCAAUUGGAAGUCAAGAUCAUUAUUAUAUUGAUUUAAAUGAUGAAGUUGUACGUGGUUCACUUAUUUUACGUGAAGGAGAAUUAAUGUGGCCACCACCAGCACGAGCAGCAAUUGAAACUCCUCUAUCAAAAAAACCUAAAAAAGAUGAAAAAGCUGCAGAAAAACUUGCUGCUGAAGUUUUAACACCAAACUAUUUUACAAAAUAUUUAAAAAAUUCAUUAAUAUAUACAAGUAGUAUUGGUGGUCUUCUUGGUUUAGGUAUUAUUUCACCAAAUCCCCAAUUUGCAAAUAUGAUUACAACAUUUGCUUUAUCGGGUAUUGUUGGUUAUCAUACAGUAUGGGGUGUACAACCAGCUUUACAUAGUCCAUUAAUGAGUGUUACAAAUGCUAUUAGUGGUAUAACUGCUGUUGGUGGUUUAUUAUUAAUGGGCGGUGGAUAUUAUCCACAAACAGUUCCACAAGGUUUAGCAGUUAUUGCUGCAUUUAUAUCAAGUAUUAACAUU